AUGGGAAUUUUGAAAAAGGUAUCCAAACCACCUGAAGAAAAGGCUAUGAAUGUCAGUCUACCAAGAAAAACCCCCCAGUUCAAAAUUCAGAAUCAAAACGAAAGUCUAAGGGCAAUGUUUCUUUUUAGAAACUCCUGCAUGGAAGCAGAGGGUGAAGAAGAAAGAAGACGAUGUUGUGGUUUUGGAGGCUUCGGCGGUAGUGCCGGUGAUGAUGAGACUUUGUACAAUGAAACUGGAGAUGGUGGUUGCAGCAAAGAAGGUUUGGAUGCUGGUUUUAAUGGUAGAUCUGGCGCUUUAAGAGAAGACAAUAAAUCUGGUGGUUUUGACGGUGGUCGUUGCGAGUUUGAUGGUUUAUCCAGUGAUCAUGAAAUCAGAGAUAAAGAUGAAAAUUGA